CCCCACCCUUUUGCAACGCCUCCACAUUAUUCUUUCAACUAUCUGGCUCCCUCACUCAAUACUGGCUUGCUUUUCUAUUUUCCUGUCUACACACCUCAACUUUCCCUUGCUGCAGUUGUUGUAGGAGGAGAAGCUGUUCUCUAUAUCUCCCCCCUCUCUCCCACAGAUCACUGCUGCCAGAGAGACAGUAGUUAGGCUGUCCUGCCUGAUCAUGUGCUAGCUCCUCCCCCUACAAUUCUUUGAUUCACUGCCAAGGAGACAAGAACUAGUCCUCCUGUUUGUUUGCCUGUUUUUCCAUUCAAAAUUUCUCUCCUCCUUGCCAUGCUGUGAAGCUUGUGAAUCUUGGAAGAGACGGGCUGCAACAAGGGGAGAGGAAAUUUCUCCCAAAUAUUUUCUUUGCCCGCCUUCGUCAGAUCAUCAGAUCUAUAUCCUUCUCUCCGCUAGUUGACCCCAAAGAGCUCUCUUAAAUUGGUGUAUAUACACAGGUCGCUGGCAAUGGCAUCUCCGUCGAGCACCGGCAACUCCGCCGUCUCCGUGGUGGUCGCAGCUCCGACGACACCGGGGGCCGGGGCGCCGUGCGCUGCGUGCAAGUUCCUGCGGCGCAAGUGCCUCCCUGGUUGCGUGUUCGCGCCCUACUUCCCGCCGGAGGAGCCGCAGAAGUUCGCCAACGUGCACAAGGUGUUCGGCGCCAGCAACGUGACCAAGCUGCUCAACGAGCUGCCGCCGCACCAGCGGGAGGACGCCGUUAGCUCGCUGGCCUACGAGGCGGAGGCGCGGGUCAAGGACCCCGUCUACGGCUGCGUCGGCGCCAUCUCCGUGCUCCAGCGCCAGGUCCACCGCCUCCAGAAGGAGCUCGACGCCGCGCACACCGAGCUCCUCCGCUACGCCUGCGGCGAGCUCGGUGGCAUCCCCACCGCGCUUCCCGUCGUCACGGCCAGCAUCCCCACCGGCAGGCUCUCAUCCGCCGCAAUGCCGUGCCCCGGGCAGCUCGGCGGCGGCAUGUACAGCGGCGGAAGUGGCGGUGGCUUCCGGAGGCUCGGGCUUGUGGACGCGAUAGUGCCACAGCCACCUCUUUCUGCCGGUUGCUACUACAAUAUGCGGAGCAGCAACAACGCUGGAGGCAGCGUCGCCGCUGAGGUGGCGCCCGUGCAGAUCCCUUACGCCUCCAUGGCGAAUUGGGCUGUGAACGCCAUUAGCACCAUCACCACCACCUCAGGAUCAGAGAGCAUUGUGAUGGAUCACAAGGAAGGAGGCGACAGCAGCAUGUGAACUGGCGCACCCAACCAACAUGCAUGUGGAUUACCUCUCCUACUCUCAAGACCGAUGGAUGUGGAGAAUGAUAUGUGCGCUUUGGCCGGCCUUGACGCUCAAGGAAGGAAGCUUCGGGGAGACUGAUGGGAUCGAGCUAGCUCAUUCCCAGGUUAAUUAAGCUAAGAAGCAAUCUAUCUAUGAAUCUAUCUAUAUAUAGCCAACAUGAAUUAUAUAUGUCAGUGUCUCCCUUUCUGCAUGUUGUGCAAGCCAUACUUUGGGUCGACUUUGGAGUUCUAUAUGUAAUCGAAUCGAGAUCUAGCUUGAUCUCUCUUCUUUUCAUGAUUAAUCGAUCGGUUCCGCAGGAUC